AUGAUCACCGUGGUACACGACCGGAAGCUCCCAGACUACAUCCAGAUCGCCAUCGCCGGCGAGGCCAGGAGCAGGCUCCCCCUGGAGUGGUGGAAGACGGGCGUGGCCCUGGUGUACGCGCUCUUUAGCCUGGUGCUGACCGCCGUCAUGAUCACCGUGGUACACGAGCGCGUGCCCCCCAAGGAGCUCAGCCCCCCGCUGCCCGACAAGUUCUUCGACUAUAUCGACCGCGUGAAGUGGGCGUUUUUUGUGUCCGAAGUGAACGGGAUUGUACUGCUGGGGCUGUGGGUCACCCAGUGGCUGUUUCUGAGAUACAAGUCCAUCGUGGGGCGCAGGUUCUUCUUCCUGCUGGGGACGCUGUACCUGUACCGCUGCAUUACCAUGUAUGUGACCACGCUGCCCGUGCCCGGGAUGCACAUCCAGUGUGCCCCCAAGCUGAACGGGGACUCGCAGGCCAAGGUACAGCGGAUCCUGCGGCUGAUCUCGGGCGGCGGGCUGUCCAUCACCGGCUCGCACGCGCUGUGCGGGGACUUCCUCUUCAGCGGCCACACGGUGACCAUGACGCUGCUGUACCUGUUCAUCAAGGAGUGUGAGUGGGGCUGCUGCGACCGGGCCGCCCGCCCCCACCCCUGCUCCCCGCCUUGGUGGCCGUCACCUUGCUGUCUGGCGCAUCCACUCCUGGGAAAGCAGCACCCGAGGAACCUGAAGGUCUCCUCACAGACGAACUUCCUGUCCCGAGCCUGGUGGUUUCCUGUCUUCCAUUUCUUUGAGAAGAACAUCCAGGGCUCGGUCCCUUGCGCCUUCUCCUGGCCGCUGUCCUGGCCUCCCGGCUGCUUCAAGUCAUCAUGCAAAAAGUACUCCCGGGUGCAGAAGUCGGGCGAGGACAGUGAGAAGUCCACCUGAGCCCGCCACGCCCAGCCACCCUCAGAGGGGGCCUCGUCUUCAUGUUGGAGGAGGACGGACCAGAAGUGGGGAAGCCAACCGAGUCCCGAAGCCUCGCAGGGAUGAACAGUGUUCAUUGCCUGUGACUGCUCUCAGCUCUGCGUCACUGGACAGGGGCCGUUUGGUGAGCUUGUUAAAGAGGGGCCGAGGACUCGGGCUCACCCCGUCCCCUGUCCCCUGAAACCCUGCACUACAGCUUUCCUCCGGGAUGUCUUCGUCCUCCUCCUCCUCCUCCUCCUGGGGCCACAGGGAUUUGUUCACGCUUUGAAUAAAAGAUCCGGGUCUACACAGCCUCUGGGCACAGGGAGGCCCUCAGGACAGGGGCUUUGGCAGGGGCUUAACGAGGGGUCCCACGGGGCUGGAGCCAGGUUCAAGUGCACUUUCUACCCUGGUGUGGGGCGGAGGGGUCCCAGCAAGGUCCCCCAGCGCCCUCGCUGCCACUUUGACUUUUCUGUUUUGUAUUUCUGUUUCACUGAUCAUUUUGAAGAAAAAAAGAGAUCCAAAGAAAUCUGCAAGUAUUGACCUACCCGUAGAUUUAACUGUGUGUUCAUAUUUCAAUUUAAAAGCUCUAGGGUGUCCGGGCAUUGGGGGCGCACCCCUGUCGUCUCAGCACUGGUGUGGGGGCGCUGAGGCAAGAGGAUCUCUGUGCAUUCGAGGACAGACUGAACUGUGUUGAGAGCUCCUGUCUCAGAAAACCAAAACAGAAGUGAGUCUGGCUCACAGGGAGCACGAGGCUGCUGUCUCACACGCCUGCCUCACGCUGCCUGCCCGGCGUGUUUGCCUCCAGCCCGGCACAGGCGGCAGCACCUAGCGCUGAGCACUUACACCCACACGGGGCGAGAGCACGGCACCCCCCGCCCAGCAAUCCCGAGUGUGCAGCGGACCCCUGAGCAGGACUCGGGACGACCGUGUGGGGCCGCACUGCACACCGCUGCUUCCUGGUCACGCGGGUGCUGCAGCCUUGUCAGCUCUCAGGGCUGCAGCUGCAGGGUGACUUCCCGGGCGAGGCCGGAAGCCGGUGACUGUCCCUGAACUCUGUCCAGAUGCAGAGCAAAGGGGACUUGGAGACACCUGGUUGGAUCGUAUUGUGGGUUUCUUGCGUUAUCAGUGUGAUUGAAUUUGGUGGCUAACUCCUGGCUUGGUCUCUCUGUUCCAUGAACACUCACGUCUAGGACUGCAGAGGAGGCGAGGGCAGAGGGUGAGGCAGCUGUUCAUAGGAGGUGAAAUUUCUCUGGAUUUAACAUUGUGAAAGGCACGAUAGAGAUCUGCCCGGAAGGGUCAUUUUCCUUUGGUGCUAAAAUUCUGCCCCUAGUGGCUCUCUCUCCUCGUAAUAGAAGAAUCCCUAAGGGGGCGGUGGUUGCACUCAAAGGCAGGAAGAGCUGUCCAGUUGGUUAUUUUAAACAAGAAUUGAAACUUUCACCAUUUUUGGCCGACUUUGAAAACCAAGGAUUUUCCCCGUAUUUUUAAAUAAACCACUAAUCUACAUGUACCCAGCCUAGCUGGUAUGUUCAAGCAUAAUUCUAUAUAAUUCCCACCCCUGCGCAUUCAUCUGACACUGACGCUUGUAGUAGAACAAGAUGUUGUGCUUGAAAAGACUUAAUUUCAGAUUCCUGCUGUGCAGUUGGAAAGGAAACUCAUUGGGCCUUGAAGCUCUGGGCUUGGCCCUGCGCCUCUAACUCAAAACGACCGGCUGCACCUGGGGUCAUCCCUCAGGGUGUGAGGGGCCACUUUCCUUCCGUGGGUUAGGGAAAGUGCUUAAGCUUUAAAACGUGUAUAUUGAUUGUCAGAUGCCCUGAAAUGGGAACCCUUGCACUUUGGCCAACUAAUCCAGUUAGAGACGUGAUCGCCGCCGCCUCCUCCUGAAGGCGCUGGGAACUUGGCGACCUUCUGUGUGACGCUGCUCGCUGUCCCCACGUCUCUGCCUCUCGUGUCCUGGCUCGCUCGCUCUCAUAGAUGCUGAGGAAGAGGGUAGCUGGGUAAUAAAAGAGGAAAAUGCCCAAUCUUGGAGCAGAAAGGAGAAAUUGUGAGACUCAUUUAAGUGUAGGAAAGCAAUUGAGAUUUAACCCCAUGAGCCACUUUGGCCUGGAAAAACAAACAUGAUGUUGCCUUUGAGACAGUACAUUUUCUUGAUAGCCAUUCCUUGCCAAUCAAGAUACAGCUGUUGGUCAUGAUCUAUGUUUUUGUAAACCUGUGCUAUUGAACCCUUCCCUGUAAAGCCACCCUUCUGUGAAAUAUCUAUGGCACAUAAUGCUUAUAAAUUAGGCCACGUUUUAUCCUGAAUUCUUUCCAAUGGAAAUAAGUGCUCUCACAUUCAAUUUUUUUUUUUUUUUUUUUUUU